UCGAUGGGUUUUUACAUCACUAACGCGUUUACUUUUUGAGCUCGCAGUUUUAUUGUAAAAAGUGCAAAUUGUUACACUUGCAACCAAAAAGAUGUCGAAGUCGUCGGUAAAACAUUUGAAAAGCACUUGCCGGGUGUGUGCCAAGUAUGCAAGCAUCAAAAGAUCCCCUCGCUUGUUUGACAAAUCAAAUCCAAAGAUGGUUGAGAACAUUGAGACGCUCACUGGAUUGCGGCUGGAGUCUUUUGGAUGUUUACCUGAACUAAUUUGCGAAUGCUGCGUAAUGGAACUAAGUGCUGCAAGCAAAUUUCGCGAGCGUUGCAUUGCCGCCCAGCGCAGUCUCCUGAUGGGACUAACCGAAGAACAGCAAAUGGUGAUACCCGCGUACUACCAGGCCGCAGUCUUGGGCACUGACGUCGAGGAGAUGGAGGAGGCGGACGUCGACAAGAGGGCCCAGCCCCCCGAAGAGAUCGAAACUGUAGAAACUUAUAUUGAUGAUAUAGAACCAAAAGAGGAGGGUGAGGAGGAGGACGAUAUUGAUGAAAAAAUCGAAUACGACAAUGAAUAUUUCGACGUUGCCGAAAACAACGUGACGGAGGACGACGGAGCAUCGCUUAUAGAGGAGGCCGAAUACGAAAGCCUCAUGGCAGACGAAGAUAUUGAGGAACAAAGUCUUCAGGAGACAGAAAUGAUAGAUGCUGCUGGGGAACUUAUUACAGGCGAUGGAAAUGAGGGCUAUGUUUACGAUUCUGAUGACGAAGUGGCCGUGCUGGACAACGUCCUGGACGAUGAGUAUGAGCAUGAGAACAGCGUUGUAAAGAAGUCCAGUCUGCCGCCCAAACCGAAAGUACGUUCUGAUGAUCCACGCCGCCGUGGAACAGGCGGCGUCUACAUUUGUGAGCAGUGUGGCAAUCACAUCAAGGGCCGCAUGGCCUUCGAGCUACACUGUCGUCGCCACCGCGGCGAUAAGCAGUUUGGUUGCGAACUGUGCAACUCUCGCUUCUGCACCACGUCCGAACUGAAGCGGCACAUGCGUAAGCACACCGGAGAGCGUCCGUUCGCUUGCCAGUACUGCGGACGCUGUUUCACCGAUUACACCACUCGCGUUAAGCAUGAGCGUACCCACACCAAUGAACGUCCCUAUGUCUGUGGCACAUGCGGCAAGGCUUUCACCACCGGGUACAUUCUUAAGAACCAUAUGUUAAUACAUUCCGGCGAGCGCGCUUACAGGUGCGAGCUGUGCGACAAGUCUUUCAUGCUCCCCACCCAUCUGAAUACACAUUUCCGUUCGGGAGUGCACAAACGGCAUAUGGAGAAGGCCGGGAUCACACUGGAGAGAGAGCAGAAAAAGGAACUUAAAUUGGAGGAUGUGGAGGAGGAUAGUUUAAUAGUUUAGGACUAGAGAUGCACCAUUAUAAAUUUAAGCUUGGCGCGAUUAUGGAUUAUACAGACAAAUAGCAUUUCAGCAAUAAUGUAAUA